AUGUGCUUCAAGCUGCUCCAGAGUCCCUCUAACUGGCUAGCGCACUCCGUCUUGGUGAUGUACUGGCUGUUAGCCUCCACGGGCAUGGACAUCGCAGAUACUGCGGGUCUUCGGCGCACCCUGGAGGCAGCCUGGAAAAAGAUGAACAGGCAGAAAGAUGUUAAGGGACUUGUGUAUGCCUUAGCGGUCAGCGUCUACGACCACAUCGACGAGCAGUGCGCUGUCUUCAUCUACAACGGCUCGUGCGUGGACAUCGCGGCUUACAUCAUGAUCAUGGCAACAACACCUACAGCCUCCAGCCGUGGAUGUAUGCAGAUACUCGUGAAGACACCCACGGGGAAGACGAUCACAAUCGACGUGGUGGACACAGAUACGAUCGAUGGAGUGAAGAAGAUGAUACAGGACAAGGAAGGAGUCGCUCCUGCUCGACAACGCCUGAUCUACGCAGGAAAGCAACCUCGUGACAGCCAAAAGCUUCGGGACUACAAUGUGCAGAUGCACGCCACCCUGCACUUGCUUUUGGAAAAGGAGAUCCUGGACAACAGUGACAUCAUUGCUGCAGCCAGAUCCGUCGCUCCCCACCUCCCUGAAACCAAUCUUACCGGACUCAUCGCAGCGCAAGAUUACACCCGAGUCGCGGAGUUGAAGUCCUUCCUGGAAGCCAUGGGGUUCGCCUUCGGGAGCCCAUCACCAUUUGGUAUCUUGGGCUUCUCCGAGCUGGACGGCCCCGAGGUGGAUGAGACCAGGCUGCAUGGGCGACGUGCCUGGGCAGAGAAGUUCAUUCAGCACUGGGCUACACCGACCACCCAGACCGCGUGCGACCAGGUUUUCGGCAGUAUAAGCAUUGCCUGCGAAACGUGCCUCCUCGAGCUGAAGGACGUCCAGAGGAAGAGGAAGUUGAUCAAGGUGCUGGCAAAAAAGACGGACCACUGGAGGGAGCUAUCACCGGCAGGACUGGCCUGCAUCAUGGGUUUCCGCCCCCACGGCGCCGAAACUUCUCCAACAGUAGCUGCCCAGCUUAGCAACAUAUUCAAGCAGGACUUUUCGACGCACGCCAACCUGGCUUCCAUCGGGGACUCGAGGGCCCUCUACAGCCAGCUCAACAGCGACGUGGGGACAAUCACACACGCCCUCAGCCAGCUCAUUCGCUCUCUGAUCACCUGGGCCCCGGAACCGCCCAGCCAGGCCAUCAAGGUUGCUGGUGCAUUUAGGGAGCUCCAUGCGGUCGGCAAGGGCCCACCAACUCUCACGCUUAUGCUUUCCAUCGACGCCUACCCUGGCUGCUCCACGGCUCAGCACAUCACGGAUCUAUGGCAACAUCCCCUCCUCGGGCCAAGGUGGACAGAGCUGGUUACCGAGACGGUCUUCCUCACCCCUCCGAUGCUCAUGAUAGUGGCCGGCAGGAAUACACCGCUCCACGUGCGCAAGGGUUUGGCGAUGAUCACGUUGGGACAUGCUACAGUACAUCCGUCUCCACGUCUUUGGGUUUGGAGCGACGCAAUCUUCCAGCACCGCACGCACCAGUGCAUCUGGAUUGACGUUCCGCACGAGUACCGCUGGCAGGUGUACGGUCAUAUCGAGAACCUCCGACUCCCCGGGUGGCACGCCACAGACCGCCCACGACCAAGCUUGGGCAGCCGUGCCGACGAACCUUGGGCGAAUCUCAAGCUGCACUUCGAUGAGCGCAUCGGCGGCGCCCUCAUGCAGGAGGUGGUCGUCAGUUGGCUCACGAAAGCCCUCAAGGGCUACAGGGCGACCAGCCGCAGCCACGCGGACUGGAGUGAGCAGAUGACGCAACUUUGGCACUCGGACCCUACAAGAGCAGCUCUCACGUUGCAAUUGCGAGACUCGGAUCCAGCAAGGUCCAAGAAGAUAGCAGAAGUACAAGCAACGAAGGAACAACUCUCGGCAUCGCGGGCGAGGAAAGGCCACCGGGAGGUGGAAGUGGACACGUCCAGGCCCGAAACGUUGCGUGUUACUUUGGACCUGCCUGUGCCGGUCGAGGCUCAGCUGGACAUGUGGUUGGCGGAUUUCAUGCGCCACGUUUGCACCAGGAGCCAUGUGAACCUCGCGCGCCAAACAACACAGGACGGCAUGGAGUUGGGCACAUGGCAGGUGAUCAACAACUUCGAGGGCGGGUGGACGGGGAAGGUGCUCAUCCAGUGCACCUCCAAGGAGGAGCUCUACCGCGUCCACCACGCCGUGCACAACCGCGGGAUCAACAUCCAGGGGCAUGCCACUUCUGUGAACGUCCACUCCAACUACGUGGACUUGGGCAACUACCUCCGCAGCCAGGGGGGCAGUUUCUACGCAUCGCGCAGCACCACAAUUCACAGCUCAAUGCGAUCCAGCAACGCCGCUCCGACCACGACGGGAGCUGCCGGCUCCGCUGGCAGCAGCCCCCGUGUUGACAGCGACGCAACGUUCAACGCAAAAAGGGGCAUCAACACGACGAGGGACGCCAACAGUCCCAACAGUGGCGGCACCAUCGUAUCCACCACAGGUACCAGCAGCGAGCCCAGAGGCAGCGGUAUCAACGACUCCAGCUCGUCGACGGGUACCACAAUGUCCACCACGGCAGAAAUCGGGGAGCUCCCAUACAACGGUGCCAGCAGCUCCAGCAGCAUCACAGUUCCCAACAACAGGCGAACCAACUACACCGAUAACAGCAAUACCAACUCCACCAGCGCCACUCCGCCCACCACUGGGGGAGCCGUCGGCUACUGUGGCAGAUGUUCCGCGGCAACCUCCAGUUCCACGGAUUUCGCCAGCCCCACCCGCAGCAGCACAAGGGCAUCUAACAGCCACACAUCUACUACGGGAAACAGCAGCUCGAAUGGCAGCAGCUUCCCAGGGACCAGUAGUUCUGACAGCGACCACACCGCCGAUCCCUCCGCGGUCACCGACAACUCCAGCUGCAGCAGUAGUACUAGCAGCGAUAUCACGGCGACGGGUACCACAGUGUUCAUCACGAAGGACAGCGACGAGCUCACGGCCAAAGCUGCCGGCGUCUCCUGCAGGGCCACCGUUUCCAGUACGAGGCCCUACACUGGGAACUACAAGGGCUGCUCCUGGAACUGCGAAGCUUUGAUGGCCACCAAAGUAUCGAGGCAGACUGCCAACUGCAACCAAGUUUCCAAACUCAUGGCCUCGCACGACUUUGGCAUCUUUGUGGAAGCACAUGGGACCAAGGGAAAGGAAGACGCCUUCUCACUACCGCCAGGAUGCGCCGCAUAUUGGUCCCACCUGUCGGCCAGGCGCGCAGGCGUGGGCAUCGUGUUGCGGCGGAGCUUCCUGAACAAGUUCGCCCAAGUUCGAGAUGGGGACUUCUUAGAACCAGAACCGGGCAGGGUGGCCAGACUCCGACUCCGUGGCCCUCAUGGCAACGUCGACAUUUGGGCCAUCUACCUCACCACAGGAGAAGGCCCAGCGAACGACCGUCUCGCACGGGACCGCUCCCACAGCAUCAUUAAGCAGAGCUUGGCUUCGCCACGCGAUGCUUUAUCUGUUCUGGCGGGGGAUUGGAAUUACGUGCCAUACCCACAGGACCGAUGGACCUACACGAAUUAUACCAGGAUGGACACAUAUUUUUCCAGCAUUGCCACCUCCCGCAUUGACAGGGUGUACACCAACCACCAUCCGUCGGAGCAGCUCGACCACAAAUUCGGGUGCAGCGUCCUAUCGAGGGUCCCCGGGCUCUCCUCGCACGCGCCACUCUCGUUUUUCCGUGAGCGUCCAACUUGUGACAUGGCUGCCGAGGCCGCCGACUCGACCAACGACGGCCCCGGGAGCACAGGCACACGGAAGCAGAGGCGCAUCGCCAUCGGCACCAUCAACCAUCCAGAUUGGGCGCGGCGGGUGGCUGCAGAGCUUGCUUGCAUCUCCACGGAUCCUCGCGACUACGACAACCCUGUUCGCAAGCUCGUCCUGGUGAAGCGGGCCAUGCACACGGUGUCUGAGAACAUGUCCAAGGAGGGGCUCUACGCCACAGCGCUCACGAACGAUGACAAGCUCAGUUGCACUCUCAGUUUCACUCGGGCCGCCCAGGCGGUGAACGUGGACAAGAUGUAUUGUAAGUAUUUGGAAUACCCGCACAUCGCUUCCUUCGUGGACCCCAAGAACCCGAAUGCUUGCUUCACGACUGGCUUCCAAACGCUAUUGGACCAUGCUGUCUCCCUGGCGAGGCAAAGUAUCACAGACGAGCUCCGCGACGUCCGACAACGACAGGACGAGGGCGACCACGACUACAAGACCACCAUCCGCAAAUCCAACAUCCUCAGCCGGCUAAAGCGCAUCAUGCCGGGAUCUUGCACUGCUGUGGGCGCCGUCGAGACAGCGACUGGCGAGUACGCCACUGGCCCAGCCGCUAUUGCGAAAGAACUCAGCUCCCACUGGGCAACGACCUUCCGGCAACAGCCCAUCAACCAACACCUGCUUCAGGAGUGGCUCAGGAGCAUCCCUUCUUUUACCACGCAGCCACGCGCGUCGGAAGCGGGCAAUGGCCACGGGGCGCCGCGACCGGAUGCCCAGUACCAGCGCACAAACGGCCCCCACCGUCGGGCGCGACCGCAGCGUGCGCCGCUCCCGUCGCACGAGAGGCACUGGCGCAUCCGCAGGAAGGACGUGGAGAACGCCAUCCGCCACAGUGGCAAUUCGGCGCCGGGCCCCGAUGGGGUGCCGUUCCGGGCCUGGCGCGCCCUGGGCCCCCUGGGGGUAUCCAUCUUGUUCAACGUGGCGCAAUGCUUCGAGCAGCCGCAAGGCAGGGAUGACCUCCCAGGGGCGUACUUUGACGAGACCCGGGGCGAGCCACACAACUACAAUGAGAGCAUCCUGGUCUGCCUGGCGAAGAAAAGCUCGAGCACCACCCCUGAGGGCAUCAAGGCAUACGCCUCGGCCAACACCCGACCAUUGAACAUAGUAAACGCAGACAAUCGGAUUGUCGCCAGCGCCGCGCGGAACCGCUGGGAGGAACACCUUGCGAAAUGGAUACCUCCUCGACAACGAGGCUUCCUUCCGAGACGAUCAAUCUUGGCAAACUUAUUUGACGUUGAUACAUCUAGCAUGAUAACGUCACUCGAGCAGGAGAACGGCGCCUGUCUCCUCAUGGACUUCGCCUCUGCUCUCCCGUCGAUAUCCCAGGAAUUCAUUUUCGCGGUGUUAUCUUCAAUUGGCAUUCCGGACAAGGCCAUGAACGUCAUCCACGCCCUGUACGCUGAUUCGUAUUGCACCGUCAGGCACGGCGCGAGUCAGGCCACGGGCUUUCGGCUUGAAGCGGGCGUGAGGCAAGGGUGCCCGCUAUCCCCGCUUCUCUACGCCACGGUUGCAGAGCUGCUCCUGGACCGCAUAGAGCAGGAGUGCUCUGGUACGCUGGUUCGGGCCUACGCGGAUGACACUGCGCUCGUGUUCACGGACUAUUGGCAAGAGGCACCGCUUCUGCAGCGCAUGUUCGAGGGGUUGGCGUGCAUCUCAGGCCUGCGGUUGAAUUUGCAGAAAUCCGUCGCUAUCCCUCUCGGGCUCGAAACUUUGGAGCAAUUCAGAACCCUCCGGGAUCAACGAUUGCUGGGGUGGGCCAGCAUGCCAGUGGCAGAUUGUGGCAAGUACUUGGGCUUCAUCGUUGGGCUGGGCAAAGGGACGCAGUCGUGGCGGGACCCCAACAAAAAGUACAUCCAGCGUUGUCGCGACUGGUCAGAACACGGCGUCGGCAUGCACUUCCACAUUAUCGCCUGCAACACUUUUGCGGUAUCUACUUUGGCGUACAUCGGCCAAUUGGAAGCGGUGCCGGCAGAAACUAUGGCGAUGGAGGAAUCCGCCCUCAGAUGCCCGGUGACGAAGCACGCUUUAGAGCGCAGGCUGAACCUCUCCCCGUCCGUAUACGGUAAUAUUCAUUCGUUCUUGCUGUGCAACGUCAACAUCCGCACGCGCGAGGAACUCACGUCUAUCGCCUUGCUUAUAUACGGCAUAUACAACGCCACCAACCACUACAGGCACAACGCGUUCAGCCACGGCACAGACGUAAACCACGCAGUCGCGCAAUGGAUGCGCGAGGGAGCUAAACGCCAUCGCAAUGCAAUGGCGACCUUGGACAACAGCACCAGCAGCACGGCGCUGGGCAGCACGACGGGCUAUCACAGCACGACGCUGCAACACUGGGCGGGCCGUUUUCACGUUGGUUCGCUGACCUUCCGCGCUGCGAACGACGUCGCCAGGAUCCUGGCCCGCGUGAGCUCCGAGUGCGACACCUCGCACCCCUUGGUCAAAGAGCUGAUCGACAGGGUCGGGAAGCACGGCGAUGACGCGCAGUGGAUCGAGGGCGCCUCUUGA